GAUUUUUUUUUCUUUGUGGGGCUGACAGGAAGCGAAGAGGAGCUGCUGCGGAGUGGCACCCACACUGGAAAUGACGGAUUAUCAACAAAGGUAAGGGCACCAUGUUUCUGAUAUUCCUGCUGGUGCUGCUGCUGCUGCUUCACUGUCACUGCAGGCCUGAUGUUUACAAAGCUGGAAACGGGAAGAUCUGUCUUUAAGAAAGGGAAAUUACCCUCUCCAAAGCAUCUUAUUAUUCCGCUUGCGCUGUUUGUGCUAUUCACAACCAGUUGCUGCCCUCUCUGUUUAACCCCUGAGGUGCUGCAAUUCCUUUACACGCCAAAUAUUUUCCCUAAAAUGGAGAAAAAAGACUCUUUUGCCGAGUCUGAGGCCUGCUGGCGACUGGUGUUGUAUAACCAGGUGGCUUCAGGCCAGGCAAGCUUGACUUUGAUGAUGAUGAUGAUGGUGAUGGUAAAGGGCCUGUGCUACAGCUGAGUCAUGUUUUUCUUGGAGGUAAAAAACAAAAAGAUCUCCGGCUACACGUUUUUCACUCUGCUGAUUGAUUUAUUCGGAUUAUUGUAAUUCAUUUUUGUGCUUUUAUUCUGAAGAAAUCGAUUUAUGCUGAUAUUGCGCACCGUGUCUUAGUUGUAUCUUUUCGCCUUUCUGCUUUUUUCCCCCCUCACAUUUUUUGAUGUAGCUUUAAACAAAUAUUCGCUAUGAUGCAUCCUCGUCCUGAUUUUGCACAAAACGCGGAGUCAAUAACCACCGCUGCUCUCUUUUAUCGAUUUAUUUUCUAUUUCCGGCGCCUCUGCAGGGUGUUCUGCGUCCUUUUUGAUGCUGGGAGUUUAUGGCGGAGGCCAUAACGUGACGGGAAAACACGGGAUUGCCUCUUUGUUAGUCAGUGUUUCUCCAAAUGUCCAGCAGCUGUCCAGCACCGGGCUGCAGGGACUGCGGCCUGGCGGAGAGGCGCCAAUCCAGCUAAAGAUUAAGAUUUGAUUUCAUCUCAAUUCUGAUCGAAAUAUUAAAAUAUAAAAUGUUUUCAAAGCAGACAUGACGCAAAUAGAAAAUCUGUGGGUCAAGGGCGCAAAAUCAAAGACAAGAGGCGGAUUAUUCAUUCCUGAUUAUUAUUAUUUUCCUCCCUCUAUGAAGCUCUAAUACAAUUUAUGCGUUUUAUACUCACGUUAGAAUACUUUUAAAAACUAACUGAACAGAAGGAAAUACCCAAUAAUUUAUUAUAAAUGCAUUUUCCUUUCUUUUUGAACGAAAUUCUGCAAACUUUACAUUUAGAAAAGCGACUUAGCUUCAGAAUGGAAGCAAAAUGUGUAUUUUAUUAAUUAUAACAAUCAAUCAAUACGAGUUAAAUGAUGGAUAGAGAAGAAAAACACAGAAGACUAAUAACAGUCGCGUUAAUUUCCCUCCUUGUUUGCUUUUAAAUACAAAUUAGUUGAUGGGUGAAAACAAAGAAACGAAAAGCAGGCUCCAGGCACCUGAGACGUCUUUCAACCCUUCAUACUUACCAGUUUUUUUUUCUAAGUGUGAAAUUGUUGUCCACUUCAUCAUGGUGUGUUAACGUGGUGAUGAUGAUGAUGAUGAUUAUGAUGAUCCUGAGUGCCGGCGCGUGUCCUCCCCGCUGCUCUCUGCACGUCUUCGUGGACUUCAGUCAGUCAGGGUUGAAUCAGGAUGAGGUCUCACCUUCGAAGAGUGAAAUAUAUGCAUCACUGACGCAGGUUUCUUGCGUCCAUGUGGAUCAGUUUGUGCUCGUUUUAAAGGGUUUACUGGCAGAAGAGUUUUAUUCCAGACUUUGUUGGCUUUAGUGAAUUAUUAAAGGAGAUGGAAGUGAAGGUUAGAGGCUGAGCGAGGCUGUGCGUAAAUGUUUUGCUUUUUUGCACCGUGUGUUUGUGUGUGACAGAGUGUGGGAGAGAGGGGGCUGGAUUGCAUGAAACAGGGGUUAUAUUUAGGCUUUUAAAAAAGUACAAAUAUAUUUCUAUGAGUCUUCGCGUCUGUGUGAGCGUGUGCGCGAGCGACAAGCUCGAGCGCUUCAUUUCGAUUCACCGGGGACUCCUGCGCGCAACAAGAGCCCCCCAUGGGUGCAAUAGUGCAAGCACAGACGGCGGUGAUUGGCCAGAGGUUGAUCAGAUGGUACACUUCCCCUCUGUAUUCAGUGGCACCUCACAACCCCCCCUUUCAGCAAAAACCAAAUCUCCGAUAAAGUAAUGGCAAAACCACUUGGACUAUAAAAGACAACAAAUCAUAUUCCUCCGGAGUAUAUACACCCCGUUGUCCACCCAAUGAGUUCCUAUUUUGUUAACUCAACUUUUCCCGUGUCUCUGCCGGGAGGACAGGACUCUCUCCUGGGUCAGAUACCGCUUUAUUCCUCGGGAUACACCGAUCCGUUAAGACACUACUCCAACGCGGCCACAUAUGGAGCAGCCAACAUGCAGGAGAAGGUUUACCCGGCGUCUUACUACCAGCAGACGGGUGCAGCGGCCGCGGCCAUCUACGGCCGGGCCGGCGGCGGAGCGCCCUGCGACUACAACCCGGUCGGGACUUUCUACAAGGACGCGGAGGGCUCGUGCGCUUUCUCGAGCCGCGAGGACCAGCCGCUGUUUGUCACUCAGGAGCAUCAGCAGCGCAAAGCGGAGUGCCCGGAGCAAGCUGUCAGCAUGAGCAGCAGCAUCGACGACAAGUCGUCCACGCUGAUCUACCCGUGGAUGCAGAGGAUGAACGCCUGCUCCGCCGGCCCGUUUGGCAGCAGCGGCCGCAGGGGCCGACAGACCUACACCCGCUACCAGACUCUGGAGCUGGAGAAGGAGUUCCACUUUAACCGCUACCUGACCAGGAGGCGCCGGAUAGAGAUCUCCCACGCCCUGUGCCUGACGGAGAGACAGAUCAAAAUCUGGUUUCAGAACCGCAGGAUGAAGUGGAAAAAGGAGAACAAACUCCUUAACCCCUCAAAGACGCCCGAAGAGGAGGAACAGGCGGAGAAAAAGAGCUAAAAGGACACUUAAAAUAAAAUAAAAUAAAAUAAAAGGCAUGUGUGUGUGUAUGUGCACACUCCUGACAUAAAAAAAACAAUGUAUUAUUCCUUUGUAGAUACAAAGUGCUGCCAAAUCACAUGUUAGAGACGUGUAGAGUUUAUUCCAGUAUCUGCACAGUGACUGUGUCCGCAUUAGGUUAAAAAUCAGAAACCAGGUCCUCCUCUGUUUGUCCUGUGUGUGCUCGUGCGUUUAUUUAGGGGACUAUGCAAAAAAACAAAAAAUAAAAAACAAAAACAAAUAAAAUCAAAUAAUAAUAAAAAAAAAAUCCGCCAAAAUGUAAAUAAUUUUUAGUGUUUGGUUCAUGUUGUUACCUCAUGAUCGUGUAGGCCUACUGAGUUCCUUUCUUUGUUUUAAUGUUGAUUUUACUUUGACAUUAAAAGAGGAGUUUUCGUCCUUUUAACUGUACAUCCUGUGGCUGUGGUCGCUCUGUGAUAGUCUGUAGGCUUGUUUUGUGCCAUUAAAAAAGAAGAAAAGAAAGAAAUUUGUACAGAUGUUACAUGUUAUUUAUUGUUGUCUUCGAUGCACAUCUGGAUAUUGUGUGCAAUAUUUUGUUUAGGAAAUUGUACAUAGAAAUAAAGGCUUUUUGAUGUAUAUUGGAAA